UAAAUUGACACUGACAUUCGCCAUAUGUGCGAAAUGUCACAACACAAACGUGUUUUCAAAUAAUUUACAGUUUUUCAACAAUCAUCCCUCCAUGUGAAACAAAUAAUAUGAAGACACGGCGCAGGGAGCAAGCUACACCCGCCCAAACUACAGAACAUGAAACCAUACCUCCGGGCUAACAAAACAUUAAUGGUUCAACAGCUGCGUUCCGCGUCCCGGCUGGGCCGCCUGCGCCUGCUGGCGGGGGAGUUCGCCGCGGACGUGUGUGCCAUGUGGCGCUACGGCGCGCCUUUCCCCACCUUCCUCAAGAUCGUCGGCACUCUUGUCAUGUGCCUGCUCUUCAUGAUGCCCAUCCUCUAUCCCAUCUUCGUGUUUAUGAUCACGUACUUUACGUUUGAGGGACUAUUUCUCAGUUGGUGGCUGGUGCAGCCGUGGCGGUUCACAAUACAUCAAAUCGGACACCGCGUGCUGGGACUGGUGUUCCGGGUGCAACGGGCGCGCGAAGUCUACAAGGUGCGAGAAGUACUCACACGCGCCAUCUUGCUCGCACACUCGCUUGCCACAUCCAUCGACUACUUAUGCGUCAUGCAGGGCCUGCUUGAUGAAGCGUAGGUCGACUAUAACGCUGAUAUGAGCCACUUACUUUUGCUGAUGAGGCGUAAACCGAUCGCACGACUUCCGAAACACGUAGAAAGUGCGCAUGCUCCAGCGCACCAAUCUCUGACGGUGUUCCACGCAAGACUUAAUACUUGGUGCCCCUGAACAAGAAUUAGUAAGUGUUCGUGUGUGCGCGGUUCUCAUCCACGCCAUGCUUGCAGCCUUGCAUGCUCCCUGGCCCCGUCAACAGUUGGCCCUCUCGUUCGAUACCGCCGUGUUACCUGUGCUGCAUGCUGGGACUCCAACCCGCGUCGACCGAAGUAAACACCCGAGAAAUGUGGAAGAUGUGCUUCGUCUUUUGUAACCACUGCUUCUUUGAAAAGUGGAGGAUAAAUAAAGACGGAAACCAUGCAACUAGCCACUAUGAUUAGGAGGAUAAUAGUGAAUAAUCAGGCAAGCAUAUCUACCAUUAAGUUUACCUAAUCCGCUAAACAAGUACUGCACUCAAUUAUAAGCACUGAACAGCAGAAAUAAGGGCAUUUUGGUCAUUCAGUGCCAGUGUGGGAAGAAUUAAAAGGUGGAAUGGGUGAAGCAAAAUAUUUAAAAAGUGUAAUGGUAUUUUUUGAUUGUUUACUAUUUAUUCUAAAUAAAGGUAAGGUUGA